CUACGUGAUUCUGUGGUGAAGCGCCCAUGCCUUCUGCUAGGGUGAAGGGGUCGGGUGUUGGAUUUGGGCGUUGUAUUAACGAUAACCGCGAUAGUGGAGGAAGGCAGGAGCGUGAGGAAUGUAUAUCGUCGGUGGGAGUGAUGAGGAUCCCGAAAGGUGACGGUGGUGCAAUGCUUAACGGUCAAGGGGGUGAGGAGAAUGAUGACCUGGCAUGCUCAUUAUCGUCGGUCGGAAAGGCUGAUCUGGCAAGAGAAAGUGCGUUUGCCAAAGUGGUCGCUAAAGUCGCCGCCGGGAACGAUCGUCGUCGUGGUGAGGACAUUCCGACUCGGUUUGGAGGGUGCGAUUACGGAUAUGAUGCCAAGACGGCAUGCGGCGGCAAUGGCAAGAAGAAGGGCGAACAUAGGAUCAAGGCCGACCGGCGACAGGCGGGUGGAAAAGAGGAUGAUGGUGGUGGAUCCCCACGUGGAUCCCCACGUGGAGUUCAACGAAACCACGAGGGAAAGGGCACGCAGAGCUCAGCGAAGCCGCGAGAAGGCGCGAAGUCUGCGGCUGCAGAUCUCGGCGAUGGCUGCUGGUACGCAGAGCUCGAUGCGUUGCAGAACGGGGAUGAUGGUGGGACGUCGGCGCUGCGUCGAUGUUGCGCCACCACCGCGACGACGACGACGACGACGACGAGGAGGAAAAUGUACGUAACAUCGGAUGGUGUUGUCGUCGAUGGGGAACGGUCGUCGGACGAUGACGAUGGGGACACACAAUCGCUGCCUUCCGGUGUCUUUUCACUUGAUUCGGACGGUGGGGAUGAUGACGGUGGACUGUCGAAAUGUGACGGCGACUGCGGUGAUGGUAUCACUUCUGUCUGGGGUGCCGUGGGGUGCAGCAGCAGAUUUGAGAGCAUUCCUGGUGGCCUGAGGGCAACUGCUGCCUCUUGUGCUGCGGCAAAUGGCGCUGCCAGUAAUGAGAAAGUAGACAGGCUGUUGAAGGAGUUUGUGGAGAUUGAUGAAGAAGAGGAGGAGGACGACGAUGAUGAUGAGGAACCGAGGAAAAGACCUCGGAUCCUGAGGAAUGACGACUCUCCAGAGGCGAUGUCGUUAUCAGUACUCGCAGCAGAUGUAACCCGUCGUUCUUCUCUUCCAUUGCUCAGCAAAUGCAGCGGAGACGUACGAAGAGGAGGGAGGAGAAGCUCCCCGUCCGCCUCGUCGUCUCAGGCUCUUGACAGUAGUAUAUCAACCGAGAAUGGUGGUCGUAAGGACUGCUCUGUGAGCGCUGCUUGGCCCUCAGCCGCAGGUUUUCCCCUCAUCCAGGAUAUUGACAGCGAGUUGAAGGUUGCUGAUGACGCUGCCGCGGGGGCAUCUUCCGGCGCCUCCUCCGUCCCGGCCUCGUCGUCCCAGGCGGGAGUUACCUUCGCUGCUGGGGAUGAGACUCACGAAUGGGUGAGCAUUACGGGCUGCAAUGGUCUAGACGUCAACGAGAUGUUUGCAGCGGUUGCUAGGUCUGGCGCGUCUGAUUCGUGCGAGGGAAGGCUGUCUGACGGUAGUAGGUUGUCUGACAUUACGCUCACGCCGUCGAUGGGGAUAUCGCCAGCGAGGCAGGAUGCGGGCCGAGACGAGUCGUCGGUCGUUUCUUCGCCAUUGAUGUGGACUGACGACGGUGGAAAACAAGCGCAACACGACAACGGAAUCCUCCUUUCUCCUUCGCCGCUGCCGUCGAUCCAUUCGAUGGACAUGACGGAGGGCUCGACGCCUUCUGCUACACGUCGGGAGUCCUUUUCGUUUAACAAUGGCCUUCUCUCUGAGACCUCGACGACGCCCGUGACGUCACGUCUCUGCCGCCACUUGGCGAAAUAUCGUUGUGACCAGUCACCUGCUUUAUGCACGUCACAUCGGCGCUACGAUUGGAAUCUAGCUUGUAAUCAGAGCAGAAAUCUUGCCCUCCAGACGCUUGCAGUUAGCCGAUCUGCGGGGGAAGCAGGUGUUUUCGCGCACAACACCUUGCUUGCUGGCAAUUUUGGGACCCCAACAACCAAUGGCGCCAGCGGCCUUUCCUUAUCUCGCGACAUUACGUCUUUCCCAGGUCACCUCGCCUCCUCUCCGUCGUCUUCGUCCGAUCACUCUUUCAUUUCUGCGCCAGCGAAUGGAGGCGGCUUGACCUGUACAGGUGUAGCACACGAUCGGAUGCCCAAUCCUUUUGUUUUGGCCACCACUUCUGGGCAUGGUUGUGCUCCUCACUCUGGAACUCGGGAGUUGUCCCCGAUCGCUCUGUCGGUCGAUCUACCAGCAGGGAUUAAGCAGGCUCCAGUAGUCGAGACCGUCGUUACUCGCCGUUGGAGCAGACUUUUGUACAGCUCUGCUCCAGAGACAGAGGACGCGGGCAACGAAGGGGAACCGGAAGAGGGGAAGAAAGAAGGGGACGGAGAAGGGGGCGAAGAAGAGGAGCGAGAAGAAUGCGAUCGAAAGGGAGAAGAAGGGGAAAUGCAUGAGGUUGGUCAGAACGGAAAAGAAGAGGUUGUUAAGGGGAAGAAGUUCCCCAAGAAUGGUGAAGUCUCUUUAGCGGGGGAGCCGCCGGUAUCCUCGCUCCAUUAUGAUGCUUAUAUCACUGUUGCUGAUUUGCACUCGCGUUCCCGUUCUUUCUCUUCCUCCCCCUUUUCGUCUUAUUCUUCUUCCUCACUUUCUCCUUCUUCCUCGUUAACAGGUGUUGGUGUCGCCUACGCUUCGUCCACUGCUACGGAGGUGAUGGGAAACGUGUCGUCCUCGGAGCAAGGUGGAGAGAGUGCGUCUGAGGCGGAGGUGGCUGGCGGCGAAAGUUGGCUUGAUUCUGUAGGUAACGGUAAACAGUGGGCGGAGAGCGACGACGUCGAGGGCAAGGGCGAAGAAGCGGGGGACAAGGCUCCUCUAGAUGAGACGAUGACCGGCAGCGGGUGCAAAUCUUGUCCGUCGGUGCUUACACCGGGUUCCUCCUCGCCGUUGGCUUUCCUUGUCGAGGAGGGGGGGAAAUCGUUGGCGAAAAUGAGGUCAGUGGGAGGCAUUCAUGGGGUUGCCAAGGUUGUUUCUCCUUCCCUCCCCCUGCAAGUGGGUGGUGCUCCCACAGCCGGAGCUGUUCUUCCUGCAUCGACAUUGGCUGCCACUCCUUUGAUGGCCGUCUCGACCCCGAGCUCUCCACUGACAAAGGCUGCCGCAAGCGCCUCGUCCGUUGACCGUCAAUUGUCAAGCCGUCGUCACAAUGGACGAGUUCAAUCUUCACGGAGUUCUGUGGUGACUGACUCGAAGGCAGGAAAUGCAGUUGAGCAGAGUCAGGCGCUGGGGAUCGGGAUUGUGGUCGCCAAUGGAGGCGACGAUCAGCGAUGCAACGACCAAGCGGACUUUCUUGUCACGUCGCAAUUAUCUUCGUCUGAUGACACGGGAGCUGAAUCAACUACCGACCAAGUGGAUCAUGAGCAGCAGCGGGUCUACAGCUCAGCGCCGUCGUCCAGUCUGCUGCUGCCGCAAUCAAUACGAUUCCUGCAGCAGCCGACCUCGCCCGAUUACCGGCCAUCUGAGUCCGAGUUACUGAAGCCUUUGCUGACGCGAAGACUCCAUAACCAUGAUGCUGAGCGCCGGUUGAAGAAGGGUAACGGAGCAAGACACGUGGUGGCGGGGGCGCGCGCCUCUGUUGUUGCCCCCUCGUUGGCCUUCUCAGUAGUGAAUGCGAAGACCGUAAGGAGGGGCGACGGCCCUGCCCUGAUGUCGUGUAGUCCUGAGGAGGAAGACGAGGAAGAGGACGAAGAGGAGGAGGAAGAAGAAGAGGGGGACGUUGAUGACUCGAAAGAGUUUCCGAUGAUAACGCCAAAUGGGACAUCACGAAACGAAUGGCUGAUGCUUCCUCUUGCAUCUCGAUCGUUGGAUCGGUACGACAAGGAAGGUAACGUCGUUCUCAAAGGUGCUGCCACGAAAUCCGUUGCUGGGUUCACGAGGGAUGACAACGCCGUCGCCUCGCUUGAGAUGAGGAAACAGGGAUUGAGCUGUUUCGCAAUCCGAUCUUCUGGUUCUGCGUGUCUCUCAUCAGCAGCAGAAGCAGCGGAAGCAGCAGAAACGGAAGAGGCAGGUGGGGAAAAGCACACCGAGUCCUCGAUGACCAGACUACGGACUCCGUCGUCGGGCAGGUCGGAGGUUAUCACGCUGACGGGCAUAAUCCCGAAAAGUGCAGUCUUUUGCCACGUGUCCCAUGAAUCUAGGAGAACCAAGAAACCAAGAAAAGGAGCUGAUGGCACGUGGCACGCGGCGAUGGCGGACGGCGUUCUUCCAUCUCCGUCUCAGGUCCAGCGAUUUUCGAUGUCGGCGCCGUCUGCAGCGUCGUUAGGAGAUGAACAGAGAAAAUCACCUUCACCGUUGAUCGUGGAGAUUAAUGACGAUAAUAGAUCGCCAAAGAAGACGCCUUGCUCUUGGACAAUGGGAGAGAUAAAUGGCGGUUUCGACGCGUCUGAAGAGAUGAUACUAUUCGGGAAAACAACGGGCGUGAUGAUGACAACAACGACAACGAAGCUGAGGACGGAGCAGCAGCGUCGUGUUCUUAUUCAGGAGAUCGACCGCAGCCCCGACUCUUCGACGGGCAGGAAAAAAAGAGGAAGAAUUGGAGAACCAGAAGAAGUGCCUGACGGAUAUGCUGGCGGCAUUGACGCUGCUGCUGCUUCGUGUUUUGAGAAAAGUGACGGGAAAAUUUUGCGAGAGCCGUCGAACAUGAUGAUGACUCCUGUGAGAACAAGGAAGUUAAAGAAGACAGCUAUGGCGGCUGCCAAUGGUGAGCUUUCCCUGAGGUCGGGGGUAGGUUGCGUAUCCGGACUGGAUGACGAAGAAAGGAGCCCGCAAUCCACUCCCGAGGUCAUCGUAGCUGAGUACGCAAAAAAUGGUAUUCUUGCCUUUGAAGGCGACGAGUUGAGGACAUUCGAUGGGAGUGAUAUUCGUGGCAGCCGUCUUGAGGACGACGAGGAGAUGGGAGAUCAUCAUGGGAGAGAAGACGAGCAGCAGGGUGGGGGAGGAGGGGGGAGAGAUGAUAGAGAUAGGGGAGGAGGAGGAAACGAGCUCCCAGGCAAUGGCAGGUCGGAGGAGAAGAAGGAGCAAAGGCGCGAGCGGAUGGAACGAUCUAUGAUCAUGGAGGUCGAGAGGAAGGAGGAGAAGGUGGAGGAGGACGGCGAUGAGAUGCAAGCGUAUGUGUUGCGAUCGGACGAUCUUGAUGACAUCUCCUUUAGUGGGGGGGGCGCGAUCUUCAUCCCUGCUGCCUCUCCUGGCCGACCUGAUGCUGAUGCUAAUGUGCUCCCGGGGACGACGACUGAGGAAUCUACGAAGCAAGUUGUCGAAGAGGUUGAGGAGGAGGGAGAAAAUGGAGGGACGGCAGGGAAGAAGCGAGGCGUGGUAGAAGAUACUUGUGGAAAUGCGGGUCGUCAAGGAUCCGUGACCAGUCCUAUGGAGGGGGCCUUUCACGAUCGUCAAAAUCAACCGUCGUCAUCUGAAGCUGGCGAACGAGUUUCGACCGCUGAGGAUGCGAUGGCUCACAGCCGAUGGUCUAGCGAGAAGCCAGGAGGAGAAGUAGGGGGAGGAAGGGAAGACGCUCUGUUAUUACCCGAGCUGGGCAGCAGUCCUUUUCACCCUAGAUUCUUAGGUAAGCGUGUCAGAGGGCACAUCGGACGGCGAACGCCGAGUCCGCCGGAGACGGAUGCUCCCACCUGCAAGAGGUCAACGUUUGCAAGCUUGGCAGCUGCAGCUCAAUCGCUGAGAGUGGUAGGGAGAGGGGGAGGAGGAGGAGGAGGAGGCUGGGUGUCUUCUGGAGGGGAUACUUUCUAUGACGCCUUGCCCGCACUCCCCGUCGCCGAAACGUCCUCCUCAUCUCCUCCGAGAUCCGAUUUGACUUAUUGUACAGGAUCGUCAACAUCCUUUCUCAGCGGCAGUGCUAAGUCUAGCUUCCAGUCUGACGGCUUGUAUUCUUCCUCAGGUGAUGGCAGCCUUAAUAGAUCUCUCUCCUCUCGCUGUAGCUCCGAUGUUGCCGCCGUCUCUGCCGUCUGCCCGUCGAUCUUUGAAUCCGGUGGUCUCUCUGUAUCUGCCUGUUCUGCGCCUCCUAGCCGUGGCUGGGCGGCGGAUGUGAAGGGUGCUGCCACCGUCGGUUCAGCGGCGAGUCUCGAAGUCAGUUCAACCUCCGCAGCAUCGUUUCUUGACGAAGUUGGUGAGUCGAGGCGGGUCGUCAGUGACAAGAACGGCGUGGUCGGACGUGCCGCAGCAGGUGGGCACGCCUCCGAAAGCAAGACGUCGCCAUUUGUCCGCAACGCUGGUUCAGUGUCGAUGGAUGCUAAGGAUGGGAAGGAGGGUAGUGGCAGGCAGGAGACGGCGGAUGGAAAGAGGCCUGCAGCGGCCCGAUGGACGGAGAGGAUGGGGGUGGAAACGGUUGCGACUGCAGCCGCGGCCGCGGCUACUACACUUGUGACGAUGGGGAACGAGAAAGAAACAGAGGGGGAGGAAGGAACCAGCGGAGCGCACGGUGGGUCGCGUCGUGUGAAGGAAUCGUCGUCGAGCUCCCUUCCGUCCCUCAGGACGCGCUCUGGAGGUCUUUACGAGAUUAGGGAGGUGGAGGAAGAGGAGGCUGGGGAUGAUGUUGUUAUACCACCUUCUUGUUCUGAAGGGAAGCGUGAGCUUUCAUCAUCCCAGCCAAGUAACGGGAGCUCGGUCAUGGUAGUUGGAGCUGGCGAGCUUCACUCUACAGCGCUGCGUGGAAGGGAGAAGGAUUUAAAUCAGCCACCCUUGUCGGCAGGAAGUCGAAACCAUCUCUCGAAAGUAGCACAGUCGGAAUUGGAGACGGCUCCGAUCGCUGCGGAGGGAGUGGAGAGGGCUUAUAAUAGCUUGGGAAAUCACGAUCAGCUUCAGCAAAAUGGUGGCAUUUUGAAUGAGCGGGGCACGGGCAAAGAAGAGCCGAGUGUGUUGGAGAAGUGCGGUGAGCAGAAAGCACCAGUGCGAGUGGGAGGAGGAGGAGGGAUUGGUCCUGGAGGAGUCGUAGUUGGGGGGUUGGUCUCGAUGUCUCUGGACGAGGAAAUGUAUGAUUACGAGCAAGACCUGAUCGAUGAUUGGAUGGACGCGGAAGAACUGAUGAUGGUUGACAAGACAAGAGAGAUCGGGCUGGCGAAUGGUAGUGUUGGUAAUGGCGAUUGGAGAGGGUCGGAGGAUGACUGGGUGACGGAUAAGACCAUGGAGUUGCAGUAUAUUGCUGACAAGACGACUGAGUCGGGCCUGGGAGGGAGAUCUUCGUCUAGGUAUUCGUCCAGCUGGCGCGAUAGCAACGGUGCGAGCUGGCGGGAAAACAAUAGCAGCAGCGUCCGGGAGAACAAUAGUAGCGGCAGCUUCCGGGAGAGUAAAGCCAGUUGGAGAGAGAACAGCAGCAGUGAGUGGCAACAAAAGACGGACCGGGAAAGUAAAGGCAGCUGGAAAGAGAAAACUAGCAGCAGUGAAUGGCAGCAAAAGACGGACCGGGGAUCGGUGCCGGACGACUUCGCUGACGUGGCGAACAUGGAGGAGAAAACGAUGAUGCGGCAGGCUUAUCAUCAUGAUGGUAGCGGCGAUGGGCCCUGCUUCUCGAUCCCGGAGAAGGGUAAGGGCACUCCCGUAUCGCCGGGAAUGGGCGAGCUGAAACGCAACGAAGCCGGGGAGGGAAGGGGGACAUAUUUGUCUUCGCCGGAUGCUACCCCGAGGGAGAGACGCGUGUUCCUGGCCUUGACGCCCGACCGGAUGCUUGAGGAGCGCGUGGCAAGAGAAAGAAGAGGGAAAGAGGGCGAGGAGGAGGAAGUCGGGAGGAGCGGGGGUGGUGAUGGGAACUCCGCAGCGUUGAAGAUCGAGAGCAGGAGGAAAGCAGCUUCAGAUGGUGGGAUGGGCUCCAGGGGGGGGGGAGCGUCUGUCGACAGGAACGGCGAGAGUGAGGGCGAUCGGCAGCAGUCGAAGUCCGGGCGAUCGGUGUUCUCCAAGCUGGGCAAAGCAUUGGCCUGGAUCGGGAGGCUGGGGAGGAGCAGUGGCGGUGGGGGAGGCGGGGGCGGUCCGAAGACUGGUAGACCAUCGAGUCUGGAGAGAGCCAGCUGGGGGGGUGGAGGUGGGAGCGGGAGGGAUUCUCGCGGUCGAAGGAACCGUCACGAUGACAGUUUUGUUAGUAUCAGCGGGAGUAUCGGCCACAGCGGACUGAUAGGCAAUAGUGGAUUCGUAGCGACAAGCGGUCUGGUGAGCGGGCACUUGCAGGGAUCUCCCUGGGGAACGUCGUCCCCGACGGUGAAGCUGAAGAGGACGGUGGCAUAUCAACAGAGUCCAACGAGGAGCACGCCAGUGGUGCGGCUGAAAAGCCCGGCGACGAUGGCGCCGUCGUCGAAAUCGGGGAGUCCUUACGGGGGAGGAGGUGGAGGGGUGGGGGAUGGAGGAAGGUCGCUGCCUGGGACCCCAGGACGAAUAGGAGGGGAGGAGAGGAGGAAAAGCGGCAUGCCGAGGGCGUCAAGGCGGGGACGAGGAGGAUAUGCCAGUCCGGAGGGAUCGGUGACGUCGAAGCCUGGCAGUGCAAGGCAUCACGGGAAUAAGGGAGGAGGCGACGGGGAUGACACGUGGCAUCAUCACGGGGGGGCAAGAACUCGGUGGGCUAUGAAUGAAACCACCCAUUCGUGGGUCGGGCCGGCUGUUGGGUCCAUUGCCAUUAGUGGCCCGAUAGCUAGUUAUAGCGGCCCGAUGAGUUACAGCGGGCCGGUCUACUACAAUCCUCCUGUAUCGAAGAGAAGUAGCGUGAGCAACCACCACGGCGGUGGGGGAGGGGGAGGGGGUGGAGGUGGAGGUGGAGGUGGUGAGAGAGAGCACCACAGUGGGGCGAUCGCCACGGGAAAGAAGCAGUCUCAACGAGAUGGCCUAGCGAGGGCCGCGAUCAGCCGGUCAUCUAAUCUAUCGCCUUCUCCUAGCCCUGUUGAAGUGCCGCCGCCAUCGCGUGGCGGCACCGGGACGGAUCGGCAGUAUUCCAAAUCUGCCCCUAUCAGUGCUUUUCCCCGAAGAGCGGAUCGCACUACAACAGCUGCGGCUGCUGCUGCUGUUGCAAAUCCGCAUCGCCAACCCUCGAUUAGCCCUCCUGGUCGUUGGACCGGGGUCGUCGGUGGCGACAAGCCUGUCCCCUCCUCUGCCAUUGGCAAGUCGGGCUUUUUGGGCCAUCCAUCAAGAGAACUGGGAAGAGGAGUAGGGGAAGAGGAGGAGGAGGACACGAACCAUCUCGCUCUGGUAUUGGCAACAAGUCCAACGACUUCCGUGGUUUCCAUGGAUUCGUACGCUGGGCGCAAAGGUAGCCGGAAGCAGGUGGGGGGCGGGACGCAAUCUCGCGACCGCGAUAGGAAGAAGACAGCGAUGGCCGGAGGUCGUCCUGCUCCUCCAACCUCCUCCUCGCCCUUGCGGAGAGGAGGGGUCAACUCCUCUUCUCGUGUGAUGGACUCUACCUCCUCGCACAUCAGCAUCCUCAACCCCAUGAGUCCUUCGCAGUCGCCAUUGAUGCACAUACCCCUGAGCAGUCCCAACAGCGACACCAUGGUGGGGUCCACCGGUACUCCGUAUUCCACGAAUGUGAGGGCUGGACGCAAUGGCGAGGAUGCACAUGAGCGGGGAGGAGGGAGGAGAAGGUCCUCCGUCAAAAAGAGGGGUGUCGAGGACGACUGUGAAGACGAUAGCAAAGUAUGGACACCGCGUUCGACGUUCUCCUCAGAGUCGGGUGGCUUCUCUAGAGACUUCACUACCGAUUUUUCUCGGGACACAACUUCGACGCACACUGGGCGGGAGUCUUGGAAAGACGCCAGGGACAGCUUCCGAACCAGCUCCUUGGUGGCCGAUGUUUCCAAAGGUCGUUUGCGCAAGUCGAGUCGACGAGGGGCCGCCGCAACGCCGACAGAGGACAGGCGGAGGAAGGAUGUGAAAGCUGAGGAGAAGGGCAGUCCCUUUCGAAUUUUGGAUCCCAUGUUUCGUAUCCUGCGUGCUGCUUUGCCGGCGUGGGGAUGGGCAGGAGAUGGCGGUAAGACGGGUAAGGGGCCGGGGGAGAAGAUACAGGAAGAGAGCGGGGACGUUGCGGUGGCGGAACAUCGUGGUGGUAAUGUGGCGAAGAGACGGAGCUCUGGCAGACACAGCGACGAGUCUCAAGUAACUAUCAAUUCGAUGAAAGGAGGGGCGGGAUCAAUAGUCCCGGCGGCUAAGAGGAGUGGCAGAGGGGGCAGGAGUGAGCGGGGGGAGAGGAGGCGGCGAGAAGGCAGUGAGAGCAAAACCAGCAGCAGCAGCGGUAGAAGGAAAUCGAGAGGCGGAGGAACUCUUCUUGUUGUGGAAGAUUAUCAUCAAAGGCGCUCCUCUGCUCGUAUUCGACGUCCCCCGCUUUUGAUGAAGCUCUGUGCGAUGUGGAAUGAGGAACAUGUGGAUCUUCUGUCGAGAAGCACAAAGUACAAGGCGCUGAUGAAUGAGCUCGAAGGACUGUCGGAUGAGAUGCUGCAGCUAUACCAGUCAACACCUACAAAAGGACCGCCAUUGUUGAUGAAAGAGGUUAAGGAGCUUGAAAGGCUGAAGGACAGAACCGCACGCAUAUGGCGCCGAAGUGCCGAAGCAACCGUCAACGAACAGAGAGCCUCACUGUACAAGGUCCUGUCUAAACUGCGUGGCGAUGACCGACUACGGGUGUUUACAGACUGGGGAAUAAAUCCCUGGUCCUUUGGGAAAAUGAAAAGGCUGGUGUACAAAUCUCUUUGGCACGAUCCUCUCCGGUAUGAUGAGAGUGCUGAUCUGGUGUUGAGAUACUUGGCAGUUGUGUGAGUGACAUUUGAUGCGAACGGUAUCGAUUCGAAGCGUUUCUUGCUGGCCUGGGUAAGCUAUGUAUGUAUGUAUCGAAAGGAAGGAUGAUGCUCCCCUUGCUUUUCGGCUUUUCGGCUAUUAUCAGUUAUACAACAAAAGGUUAGUUGCUCCUGCGACAUGAAUAAUAAUUGUUUGUCUGUCCAAAGGUGGCUUCUGAGAAGGAGCACAUCGCGACUUUGUUCUCCUUGCAAGUGGGAGUCAAAAUCCUGUAAGGGUAAAGGGGCAUCAUAGUGAUUUCAGCAGUUUAAAUGGCUGUGAAAGGGUAGAGAGGUCGUGAUUGUGUGAGAGCUGAGUUGUGUGGUUGGUAAUCUGGUAGGCCAUGUUUUCCAGGCUGAAGUCUAGUAUCAAAGGUGUCUGAAGUCUGUAUUAAAGAUAGUGCGGUGCGUUCCAAGUGUUAGCUCGGCUAUAUUGGUGUACAUGCGAAUAUGUUCGAUAGCUCGGAAGCUGGAGGGUGCGGGAGCAGGAGGCGCAGUAGUGAAGGAGAUGAGGCAGGGAGGUGCAGUAGUGGGGACUGCAACUUGACAAGUAUUUGUACUGAAAGUAUGUUGUCUUCAAAGCCAGCAGUGGCGACAGUGUGACACGACCUUUAGCUCAAUACACUCAAGAUGUGUACUCUCACUCUGCUGUUGAUUUGGACUCGGCGAUUUGCCGAAGCAAUCCCAUGUAGAUGCCACAUUCAGUCAAGCAUCUUGACUGAUCAGCAGUUUUUUGAACCCGGUGAAUAGAGAAGACAUUGUCCGUGCUAGUAGUUGAGGUGAUACGGGCAGAGCCCAUGAGGGCUGUGAAGCCCGUGGGUCGACUCGCAGCCAGCCACUCAUGACAGCGUGGAAAAUGAUGAGGUGGCUGUUCGGUGCUGUUAUGUGGCGGAGGCUUAGUAACUUAAGGAUGUGUGCCUUGGCACUCCUUCCAAAUGGACAUGUAAUGUAUAAUCCCUAUUAUCAAGGGUGUAUACAUUUGUUGUUGGAGGAAGGAUACGUUUUUCUCAAGAGAGGAUCUAGUGAUCCUCGUGGAACGGAUGCAUACCUCCUUUUGGAGAGGAGGUAUGGCACCUCUUUGAGAGGACUCUCCCUGCCUCCCUCCCUCCUCUUUCUCUGUCUCCACCUCAACUCCCCACUCCCUCCAGCCCUCCCCUCAGAUAGAGAAGUGUACCGAGAUUGGCCUAUGUGUCAGUCUUUAGAAAGGAAUAUCUUUGCCUUUUUAAUCUCUGUGGAGCUAGCGUCGGCACCUUUGUUGCGAGUUGUGGUGCACUAUUUGCGUCAACUUUGACAUGUCCCGAGUGUAUUGGUGGGUGUGCGGGUGAGAACAUGAGGAGGUUGGGGAAAGGGAAACACAGAUGGUUCGUUUCGUGUUGUACCUCCGUCACAUGGCGAGGAGGGAAAAGGGUGGUUGGAAGGACUUCAGCGAUCGGGGGCCUUAUUAGGGGCAUGCGUCUGUUGUUUUGCAAGGGUCUAGGUGUGUAUAGUAGAGAGUGUGUCGUCAGUGCACUGCGCCUCGGUGGUGAGCUUAGUUGCGCAGAGUGUAGUUGCGAGUAUAGUCUAUUUAAUGUCAUUUUGAAUGACAAAAUGCUUUUUAUUGAUUGUACGGUUGUGUACCCUGCUUUUGAGUGGGCUUAAGAUCUCACUUGCUUAUGUGAAGUGAGCAUCGAGGGUCGCGAUGUUGUGAUGAUAGAGUGUGUCUAUUUUUGAAAUAAAGGCAGUUGAGCUGGUUACCAUGUGGGCGAAUUUCUGCUCGGCUUGUUUGUCCUCUUUUUUGACAUCAUUGGCUCGGAUGAAGUGGGCUUCACCCCAUCCCUGUUCUCUCCUCAUCCUGCACCCACUUCAGAUCUGGUGAACUGCUACGACGCAAUCUGGACGAACGGACUGACACGUAGGAAUCGGGACCAAGGGACAAACAUUUGCAACGAGAGUGAGUGGUUGGAGGAAUGGCGGAAAAGAGGUGAGCUUGCUCCCAUCAGCAACAGUGCAUUGAAUUUGCUGCAGCACGGUGCGAAUGAAAUCUUGUCAUCGCUAGCGGACUGACCUCAGUGGAGUGACGAUAAAUGGGACGGAGGGAGUUGGACCAGGCGACGGGUCGGUUCAAGGGUUCGGCACUUGGGUAGGCAAGGGUACGGUGGUGGAGAGUGGAGGUUCUUUGGGUUCUUUGGCCAGGAGAUCAAGUUGUCAUAAUGGGACAGAACUGAGAAGAGUGACAAUAACUGGUGCUUCGAGGCCUUGGCACUGGGGUAGUCAAGGCUACGGCUUGGCACACGGACUGAGGAGAGUACAGUGGCAAUAAAUGGGACGGCGGGAGUUGGACAGGGCAACGGGGCGGUUCAAGGGUUCGGCACUUGGGUAGGCAAGGGAGAUCAAGUUGUCAUAAUGGGACAGAACUGAGAAGAGUGACAAUAACUGGCUUCGAGGCCUUGGCUGGGGUAGUCAAGGCUACGGCUUGGCACUUGUCAGAAUUGGACAGAGGAGAGUACAGUGGCAAUAAAUGGGAGGGCGGGAGUUGGACAGGGCAACGGGGUGGCUCGAGGGUUCGACGCUUGGAUUGGGAAGGCUAUGGCGAGGAGAUCAAGUUGUCCUCAGUACAGACAGGGCACUGAGAUGGAGAGGCGGGAGUGGUGGGAUGCUAUAGUCAAGUAAAUGAGGUGUGAGUCCACGGGUCGGGGAAAAGAUGCCACAGAGAGAGAAUUGUGUGACAGAGAACAGAGGUUCUUUGGCCAGGAGAUUACCUCGUUGUAAGUGCAGGCAGGGGUGGCAUGAAGAGAGGCGGAUUGGAAGAAAAUACGAGUUGACAUGAUGGGAUGGGGUUGAUGAUGGGAUGGGGUUGCCUAGACUGGGAUAAAGAUGGUAUGGACGGAGCCGCAGGAGGGAGCCGUCAGAACUCUGGGUCAGCUGCUUGCGUCGGUGGAAGGAAACAAGGGGUGCCCUUGCCAUGGUGCUGAUAAAGGUGCUGACACACAGGGAGAUUGACAGAGAUUGCAGUACAGGUUUCGGCGUAUGGAUGAAGAAAGGUGCGCCUGACUUGAUGGUAUGAAAUUUGCCUAAGUGGGACAAAGAAGGGACGGGAGGAGAAGUGAGGCAGGAGAGGCUUAGGAACUGGGUCAGCUGCUUGCGGUGGGGGGGGGGGUUGGAGAAAUAAGGUGUGUGUGCUGUGGCACUGAGAAAGGUGCUGGUGCACGGUGAGAGCGACGGAGAUUGCAGUAUGGACUAGCGCUUACAUGGGAAAUAACGUGCGCUUGUUGUCGUGCUGGGAAAGGUGCGCUGAAGCACGGUGGAAGAACGACAGACAUUGCAAUGGGGACUUGGGCCCUGGGCCUACGGGUGAUAUGCUUAAUUUGUCACCGUUAUUUGCUGUUAGGCCACUUGGCAACAACAGGAGAAGCAUGGCCGCUUUGGGUCCAUGUCGCUUUCGCAAAAAGUUCGACCCAUAACUAAAGUUCGAAUCUUAGCUAAAGUUCAACACUUAGCUAAAGUUCAACACUUGGCUAAAGUAGCUGAAGUUCAACACUUAGCUAAAGUUCAACACUUAGCUAAAGUUCAACACUUAGCUAAAGUUCAACACUUAGCUGAAGUUCAACACUUAGCUUAAGUUAGCUAAAGUUCAACACUUAGCUUAAGUUAGCUAAAUAGCUAAAGUUGAACACUUAGCUGUGAAGUUCAACACUUAGCGGAGGUGUGAUUUUGAAAAACAGGUGCGCUUUCCCCGACGAAGU